GAACAUUGUCCUCCGAGAGGAUAUAACUUCGUAAAAUGGGCUCAUGAUUGGUCUUUACCAAUUAAACCAUAUGAAGCACCAACUUCUAUAAAGUGUAUGCCACUUCUUAAUCAAAAUUUAUUCCGAGAAAUCAGAAAAUUAAAAGGACAAGGGGGAGGUUCUAAUUCUGAUGGUAACGAUGAUGAUGAAAUUUUAACUUGCGAUAUCGCUCAUAGAAAGAUAGAGGAAUCUAAAACUGGAAAAUUAGAAGUUGAAGAAACAAUUGCUGAGUUCGGAAAAGUAGUUGAUGACUUUAGCAAAUUAGUAAGAUCAGAUUACUUUUUAAGUGAUGAAGAUAAAAAGAAAGCAAUUGAAUUAGAAGGAGAGUUAAAAAAAAAAGAAGAGGAAUUUAAACUUUUGGGAGUUGAACUGGAGAAAAAAACAGAAGAAGUAAGAAAAUUAAGAGAAAAUGCCGAAGGGGAAUUUUUCCAAACAGUUGCUGACCGACUGAAACUUACUGAACCACAAGAAGAAUUGUUAGAAAAAGAAAAGAUUAUUAUUGAAUUACAGCGACAAAUUCAAGAGUUGAAAGAACAGAAAGAUGCUAGAAAUGCCGAAAAAGACAGAAGAGAGAGAAGAUUACAAGAAAAGUUGGAUGGUCUGCAAGAAGACUUUGAUAAUUACAAAAAAGACUUAGAAUUAAAUGAGGAAGAACAAAAAGUUAAAGAUGAUAAUUGCAGAAUAGACAAUUUAGAGAAUACUUUGAAAACCGAUAGAGAAAGAAUUGAUGAAUUAGACAUUUCGAAUUUGGAAGAUAGAAUUAAUGGUUUGAAUAGAGAGUUGAAACGGAAAGAUGAGGAAUCAGAUGAAUUACGAAAAGAAUUAGUUUUAUUGCGAGGAGGUGGAGCCGGAGGCAGCGAAAAGCGACUAAGAGAAGAUAAAGAAAGGUUGGAAGGUGAAUUAAGAGCAGAAAAAGAAGCUAAAAUAAGAUGUCAAAAAGACACAGAUAGUGCAGAAAAAGCGAAAAGAGAUAAAGAUGAAGAACUACGAAAUAUGACUGAUAGAUAUAAUGCUGAAAAAGAAAAUCAAAGAAGAAGAACAGAAAAAGAAGCAAGUGAUAAACUAAUUGACUUGAAAAAAGCAAGUGCUAGUGAAUCUAAAACGAUAAAUGACAUGAUAAAACUUCUCAAUAAAGUAAAAGCUGAUAUAGAUACUAUUGGAGCUCCUUUUAAAACUUUUGGACAUCUUGCUACUGCAGGUGUUUUUCAACCAAAAGAUACAGGGCUUGAAGCAGAUUUUAUCUUUAAUUGGCAAGCAGAUGAAGAAUAUGGAAAAUAUAGUUUAUAUUCAGAUCCAAAAAUAACUAAAUUAUUUGCUUAUGCUUAUAAAGAUACACCGAUAACUGGAUAUUCGAGUGAUGGAAAACCUGCCGAAUUAGGAAGAUUAGGACAUAAUAUUGAAACUAAGGUAAAAUAUUCUCCUUAUGGUUCUCGUUUAGAAUUUGGAAAUUCUUUUUCUGCUAAAAAAGUAUUGGAAAACCAAAAAGAAAUCAAAAAUGCCUCAGAUUUCUACCAACAAGCACCAUUCCUAACCAUAGCAGAAGAUUUGCUGAAAUUGAUUAAGGAAAAUAAGGUUGAGAAAUUAAUAUUCCUUUCUGCUUAUGAUAAGAGGAAGUUCACUAAUGUGAUAGAUGAUAAUCCGAAUAUUUGUAAGAGUGUGAUAGAAAAUAUUUCUAGUCCUACCAAUGAAAAGGAACAAGAGAUUAAAAAAAGAUUAGCAGAAUUACUGGAGUGUGAAUUAUGUCUUCAAAAUUCUCCUCACCAAGUAAAAAGAAAAACCUUGGCUGGAUUUUAUAUUCCUUAUGCUAUUAUUAAUAAGGAGGAACCAAAAAUCCCUAUUUGGUUAGAAGAGGGAAAGUUCAAAAGCAGUUGUCGUUUUUGUUAUCAAGAUUUAGACAUUAAAGAAAUAAGUGGUUAUGAAAUGAUGGAUGAUGGAGUUGAAGUUUAUGAUGUGGUUUGUCAAAAGAAAAAAUGUAUAGAAGCCUGUGAUAAUUUUAGAACAGUUUCUUAUGUUAGAGAAAUGGAUUGUUCUUCCGAGGGAAAAUACUGGGAAACUACUGAUGAUGAACUAAAUAAAUAUCGUCCUACUAAUCAUGCUACUGAAUGCGAAUGUAAUAAUUGCGGGGAAGCAAUUGGGGAUAGAGAGUUUUAUUAUAGAGGAAGAGGACAUUGA